CCGGAAGGAAACAAACAAGUGAGCCCCGAAAUACACUCGCCACUUCAGUCGGCUCGUCGAUACAGUGCAUCACUUACGCCCCAAAGGUAAGCUUACCGACUUCUGCUUGCUUUUAAAUACCCCUGUCUGCUCGAGUGCGGACUUUAAUCCGUCGACCGCAUUCCCCAUCGAAGCGCCGCUGAACCGUCCGCUGAGCCUAUAAUAUUAUCGCAAAGGGCCGACCGCGAGAAAGGUUAGGUAUAGAGUGCAUUGUGUACGUAUAACGCGUUAAAGGGCUCAAUGCAGAGUCUCCGUUGUUUCGCAAGUUUAAUGAAAAAAUGAAGAGGCUCGAGCUUCCCGGAAACAAAGGAGCCGCGCGCGCGCCGUCUGGCUUUUAAAGGGACUCCCCGCGUCGAAUCGCCUCUCGGGCGUAAUUAUAAUCGGUCGAGCAAAGUGUUUUUCCGAAGAAAGCGUGGAAAGAGCGAACCGAGCGAUGGCUUCGGAGGAGGUGAGCGUGAUAGCUCUGGUGGAGAAUCUGGAGUUGGCGGUGCCGAGACGCUUGCCCUCGCGACUCCUGCAGCAGCAGCAGCCGACGCCGGCCCGGAGACAGCAGAAUCAUUCCGAGGGUGAAAAGCCGCCGAGAGUUGUGGAGAUCAGGGAGCCGACGCCCAGUCAGCUGAAGAAUGUCGGAGACGCAGAGAGGACUGAGGAGAAAAGCAGCCCAGCGACGACAAGUAAGAGUCUCGAGAGCCUGGAGAUUCUGCGUCGACUGCCGCCGGGUACCGUCCUGAUAAAACAAGUCGAGGAGAGGAUGCCCAUAAAAACCUCCGCGAAGACGAGCGAAGUGACGGGUGCGGAACGGCCGAGGAAGAUUUCCCAAAGGCUCCGGAACAAGAAGACCCUGGAAGUCCGACGAAACCCACUGCGCACGGCUUCUCGCAAGGACCUCCCGAUCAAGCCCAGCACUUCCCGUCAACGCCUUCUAGCCGCCGGUAUUAGGAGACGCGGCUGCAUUAGCACGGUCAGCUCCAGCUCCGAUCAGAACAGCGGUCCGAGCAGGCGCCGUUCGCGGAGCAGCGCGCCUUACAUCACCACUCGCAGCGUCACGAGAAAACUGGGCAACGUCGGGGCGACUUACGAGGCACCCACGCGGAGGGACGAGUUGGAGUGGAAGGAGUGGCCGGUUCACGGGAUGCACGAGCGGCCGGUUUAUCAUCCGCAGUUCGGUCUGGCUGCGGAGUAUAACGGCAGGCUGUUCGCGAGUUUCGACGGCGAGGGUUAUCGGGAAAUACCGACCGAGCCACCUAUCGAGAUCGUGCGAGUGGAUCCGCGCGUCGACCGGCUCGACCGGCUCGACCUUCACUACCAAGUGAAGAAUCUAACGAGUGCCCGACCGCAACAGCGGUUGAACGCGACUGUUUCCACUUAUGGACGACCCAGGUUACCGACUGUGCAUUACAUUGCACAGCCUGGACGGACGAUUGGGAUGGAGCAUCUGCACACGGCGUAUGACCUGAGCCUUCGUCAACCGCAACCUCAGCGUUCUCACCUGGAGCAACUGCGCAAUCAACUGGAGAGCAUGCAGCGAGUGCAGCAGAGCACACGCCUACGCAUGCAGCAAAACACUCAAAUCUACAGUCAGCAGAAUUUGUCCGGUAGUCGACUGCUUUCCCAAGAGGUGUAUCGAAGCAUCCAACAGCAGCAGCAACAGCAACGGAAUAUUGCACCGAAGUGUUUGAUGGUGGCACCGAGAACGGGUGGACCAAAUGUGGCGAUGCCUUUCUGCGGUGUACCAGCCACUUUCAAAGGAAACAGCAAAGGUCAACUAUUCUUCGUAAGAGCAACGGAUGCUCCGACGACGAAACCCAUCUCAGAGAGAACGUCCACCAUCACCUCAUCCACUCAGAGCUUCAACAAUGCGACUAGCAAUAUCUUGUCUUGGAACGAGUCAAAUCAUCGCAAAAGACUCGAGAGUAUGUCCUCGUCGACCUCCAAUGCGCGAAUCUACUCCGGUAUUCCCGGGAUGAGUCAUCCGCCACGACUCGCGCAGACACGUCGGGGCUUCCCAGCAGCGCCGCCACUAAUCGCCGAGCAGCCAACGGCCGGGCUCUAUCGCGCGAGUUUGCAAAAACCGAACGGUCUGAGAGAAGAUUCGGCUUCGAAGGUCAGCGAGAUUAUGUCAGCAGAGCAUCAGAUGGAGGAGGUACUGGAUCUUUCGAAGAAGGUCCCGAGAGACGUGGAAGAUGAGGGAGCAAAGGAAACAGAUUCGCAGACGUACGCUACCGACUUGGUGCACUACUUCCAGAAUUUCAACGCCGACGAGAGCAUGGACUUGUCGGAAGAGCCGAAAAGCUUAAGCUGAUAAACAGCGGCCUUGGAUUUGAAAAGACGGCUUACAGAAAAAUUAUAAACUUUAUUCGUUACACGCUUGUUAGGUUAUAAUAAAGGAACGUUGAGUCUCUGUUAA